CUUCUCUUCCACCUUCUCUUCUCCCCCGCCGCGGUUUCGAUUCCGAGGUCCUGAUCAGCGCGCCUUCUCUCCCUCGCCGCAUUCCUUGCACGAUCUCUGCCUCUGCGCGCGUCUCGAUUCUUCUCAUCUCACCGCGCGCCACGUACGGCGCACGCGCGCGGCCGGCACGUCUGCCGUUUAGAGCAAUGGCGAGGAGCACGCGGUCGGCGGCGACGGAGCGCUUCUACAACCACUUCGCGCCGACCUGCCUCCCGAUCUACCAGGCGCCGGCAGCCGGUCCCGACGAGUUCGACGAGUCAGACGUCUGGGGAUCGUUCAGCCCGGCGGAGGAGGAGCCGGCCGAGGCGCCCCGGGCACGCAGCACGGUCCCGGCCGCGCGGCCCGGGCGGAAGACGAAGCCGGCGAUGGCGGGCAGGGGCGCCGCGCACGGCUCGCUGCCCGUGGCCAUCCCGGACUGGUCCAAGAUCCUCGGGGGCGAGUACCAGGCGCACCAGGCGGCCGGGGAGUGGGAGCUGGACGACGCGGACGACGAGGACGUCGGCGUUGACGGCGGGAAUCUCGUGCCGCCGCACGAGCUGGCGUGGCGGCGCAGGGCCGCCUCCCUCUCGGUCAACGACGGGAUGGGGGUCGGCAGGAUGCUCAAGGUCCGCGACGCCGUCUGGAAGAAGACGGGCUUCCAGGCCUGACCCUCGCGUGCCAACUCGGACCUCGGGCCGGCGUCGUCGCUACUGCUAGCUGUAGUUCCGUUUUUGACAGAUCGAUCAGGGUUAAGUUUGCUAGCUACGACCUACCAACAGCAAGUAAUAUUUGGUCUUUUUGACAGAGCCUUUUUAA